UCGUGACGUCCCUGGAGGAGACGUAGUGCUCGCCGUCCCGCCCACCGUAAGAAACGUCCAACUGAGUUUCCUGAUGUUAAUCUUGGCAGCGGUGUUGAAACUCUGAAACUAUUUCUGUCCAGCUGCUCCGGUCAUAGUAAACAAUGAGCUAUCCUGGCUAUCCACUGCAGCCUGGUGGUUACCCUUCCCAGCCUGGGGGUUAUCCACCACAGGCAGGAGGAUACCCUCCCCAGCCAGGAACUUACCCUCCUCAGGCAGGGGGUUAUCCUCCUCAGGCUGGUGGAUACCCACCUCAGGGAGGCGGGUAUCCUCCACAACCUGGUGCUUACCCUUCACAGCCUGGGGCCUAUCCUCCACAGCCUGGAGCCUACCCAGGCCAACCUGCUGCCUACCCUCCACUGCCUACAGGUGGUUGGGGUGCUCCUGCUGCUCAUGGAAUGCCUGGAAUCGGUCUUGAUAAUUUGUCCAAUCCUGGAUUCAAUCCAGGCAAUAUGCCUGCAAUGCCAGGACCAGGGAUGCCUCAAGCACCAGGGCCAGGAUAUCCAGGAGGCCCAGCUCCAGGCCAGCCAAUGCCAGGCUUCCCACAAGCCCCUGCACCAAAUCCAUCCAUGCCAGGCUACCCACAAGCCCCUGCACCAAAUCCAUCCAUGCCAGGCUACCCACAAGCCCCUGCACCCAGUCCAUCCAUGCCCGCCUACCCACAAACACCCUCUCCCAAUCCAUCCAUGCCCGCAUACGGGGGAGGGUAUGGAGGAGGUGCUCCUGUGGUUCCUUCAGUAAAUCGUGGAUUCAGAGGGACCAUUCCAGAUUUUCCUGGAGCAGAUCCAUUAAGAGAUGCAGAAGUUCUUAGGAAGGCCAUGAAAGGCUUUGGCACUGAUGAACAGGCCAUAAUUAAUCUGCUUGGAAGUCGCUCCAACAAGCAGCGUGUACCACUCGUGAUUUCAUAUAAGACUGCAUAUGGAAAGGACUUGAUUAAGGAUUUGAAGUCUGAGCUUUCUGGAAACUUUGAGAAGGUGGUGCUGGCCAUGUUGAAGGCUCCUGCUCAGUUUGAUGCAUCUGAGCUUAGAGAGGCCAUUAAGGGAGCAGGGACUGAUGAAGCCUGCCUGAUCGAGAUCCUGUCCUCUCGCUCUAAUGCAGAGAUCAGAGAAAUUAAUCAAGUCUACAAAGCUGAGUAUAAGAAGACACUGGAGGAGGCCAUCACUGGAGACACCUCAGGGCACUUCCGCAGACUGCUGGUCUCUCUUGCUCAGGGAAAUCGUGAUGAGAGAGAGACUGUUGAUAUAGCAUUAGCUAAACAAGAUGCUCAGGCUCUCUAUCAGGCUGGAGAAAAUAAACUGGGCACAGACGAGUCCAAAUUUAAUGCCAUCCUGUGUGCUCGAAGCAAAGCUCACCUUAGAGCAGUGUUCAAUGAGUACCAACACAUGUGUGGCAGAGACCUUGAGAAGAGCAUUGAGAGGGAGAUGUCCGGGGAUCUAGAGGGUGGCAUGCUAGCAGUCGUGAAGUGCAUUAAGGACACGCCAGCCUACUUUGCUGAAAGACUCUACAAAGCCAUGAAGGGACUGGGAACUAAAGACCGCACUCUGAUCCGUAUUAUGGUGUCUCGCUCUGAGGUGGACAUGCUAGACAUCCGCCAGGCAUACAUAAAGAAAUAUGGGAAGUCUCUCUACACAGACAUUUCUGGAGACACUUCAGGAGAUUACAAGAAAUUGCUGUUGAAGCUUUGUGGUGGAAGCGAUUAAGAUGGUGCAGCUUUCCUCACGGUGAAGAGGAUAAAGUGCCAUAUUAUGUUUAUACAAUUCAUUUCUUUUCUCUCUGCACUCUGCUUCACUUGCAUGCUGUUGCCGUAUUCUGUUUAACUGCACAUUUUUGCCAAAGCUUAUUAUGAAUUUUAUGCUGUCUUUUAUACAAAUCUUUAUUUUAAAGGGAAUCUAUAUAUUUUUCUCUAACUGGGCCCUUUUUGCUGAAUGUGUAAUGCCAUAAGAAGCAGCUGAAUGAUUAAAGAUUUUAAAAAGCACUGGGAUCAGGGACUGGGAUUUUUUUAACAUUGGCAGCAGAAUACAAAAUCAAGAAUAGAUAUCCCCAUCAGGAACAGCUGAAACAGCACCAACCUUGCGAUUACUGAAAAACACCUGAAAAUAGCUAGAUAGUGGAGUAUUACAGCAACAAUACAGAAAACACCCUUGUAAUAGCCUGUUGCAGCAAAUUCUGAUUUGUGAAUGUCUUUUGCUAAUGAAAAAGGUUAUAUUGCAUUACUUGCUCAAAGGGCCUAUAUCAUGGAAAAAUGAAUUUCACUUCUUUUAUAAUAAAGGAGUUUGAAAUAAUAUGUAAACACUGUUAGUGUUUUCACUACUAUGCUGCAAAAACAGUACAUUUUGAAUUCAUUGUUUCUGCGUUGUCAAGAGAACCAACUCCUUUAGGUAUAUCCACCUGGUCAUGCUUACAGCAGUUUAGCUCCACCCAUUCCGUGUACAGCAGUUUAGCUCUGCCCAUUCAUAUUAAAGUAUGAAGAAGGGUUUCAUCUCCAAGUGCUUUUUGAAUGAGGCACACUAAAGGGCCAAUCAGAACUGAGCUCAUUUACACAUGUCAGUCUUAAAGGAACAGUAGCAAAAAAACAACCUGUUUUAAUUCUAAGGGAUAAAUAAGAGGUUGACAAAUGGUCAUGUAAGAACAAAUUAUGACCGGUUUUGUUACAGAAAACCACAUGUUCAAUGUGGCCAUCAAAGGAAAAAAAAUAUGAGAUUUGGAGCUUUUGAUGCUUUUGCUUCACUUUGUUUACAUGUUUUCAACGUUAUGGCAAGCACCUGCUGAAAUAUAAAUAUAAUAGUAAAAAUCAGUCAGGUAACUUAAGAGACUUUGCAUAUUUGUUUGUACUCUACAUUUCAAAACAAAAUCUGGGAAAAAUCUGAAAAAAUAAAGCAUGUUUGGAAA